AUGAUUCUUGUAUUUCAGUGGCCAUUUGAACCAGAUAUCUUUCAAAAACAGGCUAUUUUACAUUUAGAGAAUAAAGACAGUGUAUUUGUUGCUGCUCAUACGUCAGCAGGGAAAACAGUCAUAGCUGAAUAUGCCAUAGCUCUUUCAUUAAAACAUAUGACUAAGACAAUCUAUACAUCACCAAUAAAAGCUUUAUCUAACCAAAAAUUUCGAGAUUUUAAACAGACAUUUACUGAUGUUGGUUUAGUAACUGGUGAUGUUCAGUUAAAUCAAACAGCUUCAUGUCUUAUUAUGACUACAGAAAUUCUCAGAUCUAUGUUAUAUAAUGGUAGUGAUAUUAUAAGAGAUUUGGAAUGGGUUGUUUUUGACGAAGUACAUUACAUAAAUGAUUCUGAGGUAUCAUCACAUUUUUAUUUUAUCUCAUUCAAAAAUGAAAUUGAGAGAGGUGUUGUAUGGGAAGAGGUACUAAUUAUGUUACCACAACAUUGUAAUGUUAUAUUAUUGAGUGCUACGGUACCAAAUACUAUGGAAUUUGCUAACUGGGUAGGGUAA